AUGCGUGAAACACAGUAUUCUGAAGCAGCACUUCCAAAGCAUGCAGCCAUGAGAUUAGUAUACAACUGUAAUCAAUCCCUUUCAGUCAGAUAUUCGAGGAGAUUACUUGUUUACGAAAAAACACGUAUGACAAAUGAUGGUGAAAAGGCGUACGUUGAAAAAGAUUGCUAUCGGGAAUCUUCAGAGAAAUCGCAGUGUGAUAGUUGGAAUGUGUUUUAA